AUGAGCAAAUCAAAAUCAAAUCAAAAUGUUGUCACAGCAUCCAAUAUUCUUCAACCACGACAACGUAUGACACAAAAUUAUCUUCUCAUCUGGGUAGAUGCCAGCAUCGAUGCGAAAAAUAAGAACUGUCAGGACAUAUUGAAUCAACUGAAAAACGUGAUCAACAACGUCAAUUUAUGUACUCAACCGGAUCAGUGCAUACAGUUACUAAAUCAGAUUGAUAAUGAACGAGCCUUUGUUAUAAUCUCAAGCGCUAUCGGUCAACAUUUAGUUCCAGAAAUUCAUGAUAUGCCACAGUUAGAUACAAUUUACAUUAUCUGUGACAAUCAAUCCAAACAUUAUGAAUGGACUAAAAACUGGACAAAAAUCAAAGAUGUCUAUACAAACAUUAAGAAAAUCUGUCAAGAAUUGCAAUUGGCUGUUAAGCAAUGCGACCAAGAUCUCAUAGCCGUAAGUUUUGUUACCAUGAAUGAAAUGGCUUCGACUGAUAAUUUAAAUCAGUUGGAGCCAACUUUCAUGUAUACACAGAUAUUCAAGGAAAUUCUCCUUGAUAUCGAAUAUGAUCGCAAGGCAAUCAAAGACUUGACUAUUUUUUGCCGCAAACUUUUUACCGAUAACAAAAGCGAACUACAAAUUAUCAAUGAAUUCGAACGUGAUUAUCGUUCACAAAGAGCAAUAUGGUGGUAUACACGUGAAUGUUUUACCUAUAAAAUGCUCAAUCGAGCACUUCGAACAUUGGAUGCCGAUACAAUUAU